AUGGCCACUAACAUUGUGUUCCACGAAGGCUCCGUGACUGGGUCUCAGCGUGCCGCAUCGCUCAAGCAGAAAGGCGUCACCAUUUGGCUGACUGGACUCAGUGCCAGUGGUAAAUCCACGAUCGCCUGUGCACUGGAGCAGCAUCUUUUGCACUUGCAAAAAUUUUGCUAUCGAUUGGAUGGCGACAAUGUCCGCUUCGGCCUCAACAAGGAUCUUGGUUUCGACGAGAAGUCCAGGAACGAGAAUAUUCGCCGAAUUGGGGAGGUGUCGAAGCUUUUCGCAGACGCAUGCUGCAUUGUCGUAACCGCAUUCAUUUCGCCUUACCGCUCGGAUCGGGCGUUGGCGCGUGACUUGCAUGAGAAAGCGGGGCUUAGUUUCGUCGAAGUUUUUGUCGAUGCUCCCCUCGAGGUCGUGGAACGGCGUGAUCCUAAAGGGCUAUACAAGAAAGCUCGAGCGGGAGAGAUCAAAGACUUCACAGGCAUUUCAGCGCCUUAUGAGCCCCCAGAGAAGCCAGAGGUUCAUAUUAGAACUGAUCAAUGCGACGUCACGGAUGCCGUCCGCAUCAUCACUGAAUAUCUCACUGAGCACGGCUUCAUAUAG